AGAAAAAUCGCAGCCGAAACACGCUUCUCCCUUCUUUUCCUUUGCCCAACCCAACUCGUCUCGUCUUCGUUCCCCUUUCCUCCUCCGCAUCCCGUCUUCUCCUCACCGCGUCAAACCCCAGCACCAAGCAACCGCCCCGCCGCCCCUUCCCUCCCCUCCCGAAUCUGCCGCCGCGGUGCCUAAUCCGGCCGAUCCCCCCUCCGAUCCGCGGGUGCCCGCCGCAAAGGCGGCGCCUUUGGGCCUCCCCCGAUGUAUAGCAACUUCAAGGAGCAGGCGAUCGAGUACGUCAAGCAGGCGGUCCAGGAGGACAAUGCCGGCAACUAUGUCAAGGCGUUCCCGCUCUACAUGAACGCGCUCGAGUACUUCAAGACCCACCUCAAGUACGAGAAGAACCCCAAGAUCAAGGAGGCAAUCACCGCCAAGUUCACCGAGUACCUCCGCCGCGCCGAGGAGAUCCGGGCCGUCCUCGAUGACGGCGGCGCGGGGCCCGGGGCCAACGGCGGCGACGCAGCCGUCGCCACGCGCCCCAAGACCAAGGGCAAGGACGGGGACGGCGGCAACGGCGGGGACGACUCCGAGCAGUCCAAGCUGAGGGCGGGGCUCAAUUCCGCCAUCAUCACCGAGAAGCCGAACAUCAAGUGGAACGACGUCGCCGGCCUCGAGAGCGCCAAGCAGGCCCUGCAGGAGGCCGUCAUAUUGCCUGUCAAGUUUCCGCAGUUCUUCACGGGCAAGCGGAAGCCUUGGAGGGCUUUUCUUUUGUAUGGCCCCCCUGGAACAGGAAAGUCUUAUUUGGCAAAAGCUGUUGCAACCGAGGCUGAUUCAACAUUUUUCAGUAUAUCUUCAUCAGAUCUGGUUUCAAAGUGGAUGGGUGAAAGUGAGAAAUUAGUUGCGAACCUUUUCCAAAUGGCUCGUGAAAAUGCCCCUUCAAUUAUCUUUAUCGAUGAAAUUGAUUCUUUAUGUGGUCAACGUGGAGAAGGCAAUGAAAGCGAAGCUUCAAGGAGAAUCAAGACUGAACUACUUGUGCAAAUGCAGGGUGUUGGCCAUAAUGAUGAUAAAGUUCUCGUUCUUGCUGCUACAAAUACACCAUAUGCUCUGGACCAGGCUGUGCGGCGAAGAUUUGACAAGCGUAUCUACAUUCCGCUACCUGACUUGAAAGCAAGGCAGCAUAUGUUUAAGGUCCAUCUUGGGGAUACACCCCACAGCUUAACAGAAAGUGAUUUUGAGAGCUUGGCCCGUCGAACAGAUGGGUUUUCUGGUUCAGAUAUUGCUGUUUGUGUGAAGGAUGUGUUAUUUGAACCUGUCCGCAAAACACAGGAUGCCAUGUUCUUCUUUAAGGCAGAUGGUGACAUGUGGAUGCCCUGUGGACCAAAGCAGCAGGGUGCCAUCCAGACCACCAUGCAGGAGCUCGCAUCCAAGGGCCUUGCUGCAAAGAUUCUUCCACCACCGAUCUCCAGGACAGAUUUUGAAAAGGUCCUGUCAAGGCAGAGGCCGACAGUUAGCAAGAAGGACCUGGAGGUGCACGAGAGGUUCACCAAGGAGUUUGGCGAGGAGGGCUGAUACACCGCUCGAGGACACUCACCCAUGCACAGCUGCGCCACAGAAAUGAGCUUCAUCAGUUUUGGUCGAGUGUCUGGGCCUCUGUCUGAUACGCGCAGUUGUGUGCAUGAGGCCAAUAGACUUUCCUGUUGGAUACGCUUAUCAUUGCGGGUUCUGAAGUAAUUGGUACUCUUUUCUGUUCUGAAACGUUGUACCUCAGGACAAACGCUGAGUCGAUGUUGUUGUAGUAAUGAGACCUGGUGAAAACUUGCUGGAUUCCUGCUGGUUCGUCCAGAGCGUGUGCCGACACGGGCCGGACGCGUCGAUGUCCGUGAUGGUGCAGUUGCAGGCUCCCAGAAUGAGAGCAGCUCAGACAGAGGACAAAAGCCUUGCCACAUCGUGUCAGCGAGCAGCAGCUGGAAAACGAUGGAUCAGUAGUGACAAUAAUGCAAGGCAGUUAACCCAACAAAAUAAAAGAAGGAAAACUUCCGGCUCAGUUUCUUGAUUUUUUUAACUGAUGACACACCCCAAAGCUGGUUCAGCCUGCAGGGUGGGCCCAGCAAAAAAUAUGUACUACGUUUAUCAAUCAACUCUCAUUUUUGUAAAUUUAUUGUUUUUAAGGAUUUAAGUGGUUCAUGCA